CUCCCUGCAUCGUGCAUGAAUAGAAACGGGAGCUGAAGAUAAAAUUUGUGAUUUAAUACAAUUCUUUCCAAAUUAAUUAAUAUAAAUUAUACUAAAAAAAAAAUUUUCUAAUUGAUGCUUAUAAAAUAAUACCAAUUGCAUGAAAUAAAUUUCCUUAAAAAUUGUAAUACCCUAUUAUGAUCGGUAAUAGCAGAUUAGCCGCCGUGCAGUAGGUAAUAUUAAAGUAUUUGAUGAUCUCUUUUGUAGAUUCAUGCAGCCGUCUAGACCAUUAGAACAAAAAAAAAAAUAAGCUUUGGAUUGGAUAUUCCCGGAUGUGUAUGGUUAAAUCACACAGUAGAAAAUAAAAAUUAAAUUGUAAUUUAAUCAAUUUAAUCGCUUUAUUUUAGUGGAGUGAAAAUAUAUACAGCGUCAGAAUUUCAUCAGAAACUAUGGUUUUCAAAUGCUGAAAUAAUUAUGGAUGUAGAUUAUCAAGGAAAUUAUGAAGACACAUAUUGGGAUAAAGUUUUAUAUUUAGUAAAACUUUUAAAUCUUGAAUUUACCUUAAUACAAUGUUCCAUAUCAAAUGUAGGUAUUUGUAAUGAUUUAUUGAAAAUCGAUGCAAAAAAAAUUAAGGCAAAAAACGAGACAAAAAAGUUAAUGAUGCUUGAGAGAGAAAAAGAAUUAUACAGCAAAAUAUGUGCUGCUAGUGGUAUCAAAGACGAAGCAAGUGGCAAAAUCACUAGGCUGACGAAGAACGACGAAUUUUCUAGUAGCUUGGCAACAUUACUAACAAGAGACAAAGAAAUGGUGGCGAAUCAAAAAUUACCUAAAAAAAUACCUGAAACUGCUCCCAUAUCAUUGGAAGUGGCAGCCUUUAUCAAGCGAAGUAAUGACAAUAUGGAUAAAAUUAAUAUUUACGAUUUAUCAAUAACUUGUUUCGAAUAUUAUAAAAAUCAAAGAGAGCAAUACAAAGAUCUUGAAAAUCCUGCAACUCCGUAUGCAUUUAUUGGAGCCUACUAUGACCGAGUAGUCCAUAAUUUCCUGGGAAGAUGUUAUCAAAAAUUUAUUACUGAUCAUAAAGAGUAUGAAAAUUUCAGGGAAGCAUGUUUGAAUAGUAAUAAUAAGAAGGAUUCUCUAAGACGUGUAUACGGCAAAAGUAUACAGCUGGAAAGUGCAGACCUUAAACAAACUGUAAAAUUACAUGCAGAAAUGAACAUAAUGACCAACGAACUAAUAAAUAAGGAAGAUAAAAGUAGAGCAUUUAUAGCUGUAUCCAAAAAGUGAUGUUAUUUAUACGAAUUGUAUACCAGGUUUGCACGAACCAAGGGAUAUGUUAUUGAUACUUUUGGAACACAGAAAAUUAUAUCUUUAUGGAAAUUUCCAGACGCAAAUAAUGCUAUUUUCUAUGAUGAAUCUCUAUCAUAUAUGAUAAAAAAUCUCAAUCGGAAGGGAUAAAACGAAUAAUUAUACUGAAGGAAUGGCGUCAUCUCAUAAUCUGAUAGUGAAGCAGGAAGUAUGGAUUCUAGUAGUCAUACUGUUAACCAAAUACUU